GGCAGACUAGCCUAGCCCACCACAUGUCAGUUAUAUCAUUUUAGCUGCUGUGAACUUCAAGUCCCAGAAAGCCUUUCGCCCGAAUGAGUAAAGUUGUCUGUGACGACCUUGGAUAUCGACUGCACUGCAAGCAUGGCGAAUAAAGAGCCCAACCGCUUCCUGACACAUCUGCGGGACCUGGCCGGUCGAAUGUCUGGUGCGGGGGGCAAGGGAGCAGGGAUAGGUCUCAAGCUGCUCAUUGGUGCUGGAGCUCUGGCCUAUGGCGUCAAAGAGGCUACAUUCACGGUGGAUGGAGGUCAGAGAGCGAUCAUCUUCAACAGAAUUGGGGGGAUGCAGAUGGACACAGUGCUGGCUGAGGGACUGCACUUCAGGUUACCAUGGAUCCAGUACCCAAUCAUCUAUGACAUCAGAGCCAGGCCCAGGAAGAUCGCUUCACUAACUGGAAGUAAAGAUCUGCAGAUGAUAAACAUUGGGCUGCGUGUGCUGUCUCGUCCCGUGGCCGCCAACCUGCCUGCCAUGUACCAGCAGCUGGGGAAAGACUAUGACGAGAGAGUACUACCCUCCAUUGUCAACGAGGUGCUAAAGAGUGUGGUGGCCAAGUUCAAUGCCUCACAGCUCAUUACUCAGAGAGCACAGGUGUCCUUGUUGAUUCGCCGGGAGCUGUUUGAGAGAGCCAAAGACUUCAACAUCAUCCUGGACGAUGUGGCCAUCACAGAGCUGAGCUUCAGCAGGGAGUACACUGCUGCCGUAGAGGCCAAACAAGUUGCCCAACAGGAGGCCCAGAGAGCCCAGUUCUACGUGGAGAAAGCCAAACAGGACCAGAGACAAAAGAUUAUUCAGGCAGAGGGAGAGGCAGAGGCUGCCAAGAUGUUGGGACAAGCAGUGACGAAGAAUCCUGGAUACCUGAAGCUUCGACGAAUCAGAGCUGCCCAGGCCAUUGCUAAGACGGUGGCAACGUCCCAGAACAAGGUGUACCUGUCCGCCGACAACCUGGUCCUCAACCUUCAAGACGACUCUUUUAACAAGAUCUUUAGUGUCCGUGUGUAGCGGUUCACAGAAACGGAGACACAGGCCUGGUGCAAAAAACGCCUGUCAUUCAAAACUCAUAUAUAUCUUAAAUUAUUAUGCAGUUGACAAUAAUGGCAAGACAAACCAUAAUGAGAUAUAUUCAGAAACACGUCUGCAACCCUGUCCAUCAUGUGUGUUGACAUGUUUACUGGAGUUAGUGUCUUGUCAAAGCCUUGAAGAAAUGCUGAAAUUGCUGUUAUGUUUUCCCCUUAUGAUUGCCUUAUUGUGAAUCCUCUUUUUGGUUUUUAGGAAAGGACUAUAAAGAAUACUAUGUAUCAUUAACACGGGCAACCCCCUCUCUGCUUCCGUUUCAGUCUAUCACUGGGAAAGAAGUAGGCUUUUGAGAGGCCUUCUAGCAUUCCACCGGUCUGAGGCUACAUCUACUGCUGUCUGUCCACCUGCCUGUUAAUCUGAUUGUAACCAAGUGGUUUACCAUCUCUCUGAAGAAGACUCUGUACAGUAAACCUCUGGGACUAGUGGUCUGACAUGGCUAGGUGCAGAUGGAACCUGCGGGGAUGAUGUCAUAAUGGGAUUUGGAAUCAAUAGUGUUUUGUGGAAUCAAACCAAAUGGCACUGGCCUAUAACAACAUAAUCAGGUGCUUCGUUAACAAUAAGCUGUGUAUAUGAUGCUGUAGGAAUCCUACUUGUUCUGUCUAAUCCCUAGAUGUGUUUGUGUACAUGUGUUGAGAACAGCAGGACAAGGCUCUUGGGCUGCGUUUAGACAGGCAGACCAAUUCUGAUCUUUUUUUACUUUUUACUGAUUGGUCUUUUUGAUUAAUCAGAUCAGCUCUGAAAAGGAUCUGGUGUGAUUGGUCAAAAGACCAAUUGGUAGAGCAAAUAUCUGAAUUGGGCUGUUGUUCUAAACUCAGCCUUGGUGCAUCAGGUGUGUAAUAAUGACUUAAGUCCUCUAUGGGACUAGCUGCCCUCGUUGUGUUAAAUGACGGCCAUGUUAUUUGAUACAUGACCAUAUUAUCUGAUGCAGCUCUGCUGGGGAAAGGUACUACUCCUCAUGGCGAUCAAGGGUCUGCCAAAAUGAUUCCAUCCACUAGUUUGGAGCUGACAAAAAGGCUUUGCCCUUCUAAGUGUUAAUACAUUGUUCACUGUUGACGUGACUGAAAAUAAACAGAGACAGUACGUUUUAUUCCAAAAU